AUGAGUCUUAAAGAAGACGACUUUGGCAAGGAUAAUUCUAGAAAUAUAGAAUCAUAUACUGGUAGAAUUUUUGACGUAUAUAUACAAAAAGAUUCGUAUUCACAGUCGGCCUUGGAUGAUAUGUUUCCAGAAGCCGUAGUUUCAACCGCCGCUUGUGUGAAAAAUGAAGCGGAGGAUAACAUCAAUCUCAUAGACACGCAUCCUCAAUUCGAACUGGUAAAUACUGGACUGGGUGCUAAAUCGGACGAUUUGAAAUCUCCAUCAGCAAAGGCUACGUUCACUGACAAGCAGAGGAAGAAUGAAGUACCAAAUAUAUCUGUGAGCAACUACUUUCCCGGACAAAGUAGCGAAACGUCGUCAACAACGGAAUCUUGGACUAUCGGUUGUGAUAAGUGGUCAGAAAAGGUAGAAGAGGCAUUCCUUGAGGCACUUAGACUGAUAAUGAAAAAUGGGACCACAAAAAUAAAAAUAAGAAAUGCCAAUUUUGGAAGAAACGAGCUGAUUUCAUUAUAUAUCAAGCACAAAACCAACGAGUUCAGAACCAAAAAGCAAAUUUCUUCCCAUAUUCAAGUCUGGAAGAAGACCAUACAAAACAAAAUCAAGGACUCGCUGACCCUAUCAUCAAAGGAGAAGGAGCUUCUACACCUUAUCGAACAUGGCGCUGAACAAACUACUGAAAACUCAAACCUGUUUUAUGACAUAUUUGAAGAAAUUAUCGACUCUCUACCUUCAGUCAGUGAUUCUGGAAGUUUAACCCCUAAAAACCUCUAUGUAAGUAAUAAUAGCAGUGGAUUGUCAGUACAUUCAAAACUGCUUACGCCAAUCACUGCUUCCAACGAGAAAAAAAUUGAAAAUUUCAUAAAAACUAAUGCUGCAUCUCAAGCCAAAACCCCCCUCAUUUACGCUAAGCACAUUUAUGAAAACAUAGACGGCUACAAGUGCGUUCCGUCAAAGAGGCCUCUUGAACAACUUUCCCCCACGGAACUCCACCAGGGAGAUCGCCCCAAUAAGGCUAGCUUUUCCAACAAGAAGGCAAUCCUGGAGAGUGCAAAAAAAAUCGAAAUAGAGCAGAGAAAGAUAAUCAACAAAUACCAAAGAAUUUCCCGCAUACAAGAACAUGAAAGUAAUCCUGAGUUCAGUUCCAAUUCCAAUUCCGGUUCAGAGUACGAAUCGGAGGAAGAAGUAGUCCCAAGAUCAGCCACAGUCACACAACUCCAAAGCAGACCAGUGCCAUACUACAAGAAUAAUGGAAUGCCCUACUCACUCUCCAAAGUACGAGGAAGGCCCAUGUAUCCAAGACCUGCUGAAGAUGCUUACAAUGCCAAUUAUAUUCAAGGUCUGCCCCAGUACCAAACAUCUUAUUUUUCGCAGCUGUUAUUAUCAUCACCCCAGCAUUACGAACAUUCUCCACAUCAAAGGAACUUUACGCCAUCCAACCAAUCGCAUGGGAACUUUUAUUAA